CUCCCGUGGGCUUGGGGGCAGGAUACAGAGAUGCGCAGGCUGGGCUCUGCCAAGCCCAGGUCCUGGGCCAGCUUCUGGGCCAUGCUGACCUUGGUGGGGAUGGUCACUCGUGCAGCCCAGAAAGCUGAUGUCGGCGGGGAGUCAGCGGGCACCUCCAUCAACCACUCCCAGAUGCUGCUCCAGCGCCUGCAGGAACUGGUGCGGCAGGGCAAUACCAGCGAUGUGGUGCUGCGGGUGCAGGCUGCGGGCACCGACGAGGUCCGAGUUUUCCACGCCCACCGCCUGCUGCUGGGACUGCACAGUGAGCAGUUCCGGGAGCUGCUGAGUAACCAGAGCGAGGUGGUGCUGCAGGAGCCCCGGGACUGUGCUGCCGUCUUCGACAAGUUUAUCAGGUACCUCUACUGCGGCGAGCUGACCGUGCUGCUGGCGCAGGCCAUCCCCCUGCACCAGCUGGCCACCAAGUACCGCGUGGCCUCCUUGCAGCGGGGCGUGGCCGACUACAUGCGCGCGCACCUGGCGGGCGGCGCGGGCCCGGCGGUGGGCUGGUACCACUACGCGGUGAGCACUGGAGACGAGGCCCUGCGCCAGAGCUGCCUGCAGUUCCUGGCCUGGAACCUGUCGGCCGUGGCGGGGAGCGCCGAGUGGGGCGCCGUGAGCCCUGAGCUGCUGGCGCAGCUGCUGCCGCGCUCGGACCUCGUGCUGCAGGACGAGCUGGAGCUGUUCCAGGCGCUGGAGGCGUGGCUGGGCCGCGCGCGGCCGCCGCCGGCCGUGGCCGAGCGCGCGCUGCGCGCCAUCCGCUACCCCAUGAUCCCUCCGGCGCAGCUGUUCCAGCUGCAGGCGCGCUCGGCCGCCCUGGCGCGCCACGGCCCGGCGGUGGCCGACCUGCUGCUGCAGGCCUACCAGUUCCACGCCGCCUCGCCGCUGCACUACGCCAAGUUCUUCGACGUCAACGGCAGCGCCUUCCUGCCCCGAAACUACCUCGCGCCCGCCUGGGGCGCCCCGUGGGUCAUCAACAACCCGGCCCGCGACGACCGCAGUACCAGCUUCCAGACGCAGCUGGGCCCGAGCGGCCACGACUCGGGCCGCCGGGUCACCUGGAACGUGCUCUUCUCGCCGCGCUGGCUGCCGGUCAGCCUGCGGCCCGUCUACGCGGACGCGGCGGGCACCGCGCUGCCCCUCGCACGCCCCGAGGACGGCCGGCCGCGGCUGGUGGUCACGCCGGCCAGCAGCGGCGGCGACGCGGCAGGCGUGAGCUUCCAGAAAACCGUGCUGGUGGGGGCGCGCCACCACGGCCGCCUGCUGGUCCGCCACGCCUACAGCUUCCACCAGAGCAGCGAGGAGGCCGGCGACUUCCUGGCGCACGCCGACCUGCAGCGGCGCAACUCCGAGUACCUGGUGGAGAACGCCCUGCAUCUCCACCUCAUUGUAAAGCCCGUCUAUCACACCCUCAUCCGGACCCCCAAGUAGCCAGGCGGGCCCGGGUCGGGGAGCUCAGCAUCCCUGACGC